CGGCUGGGACGGGACUGGCGGGGGUGGGGGGGGAAAAGGCGGCCGUCGGUGCGACCGCAGUGGCGGCGGCCCCAUGUUUUCGCCCAGCCAGGAGGAGCUGUGCGCGCUGAACAAGGAGCCCGUCAAGUACGGGGAGCUGGUGGUGCUGGGGUACAAUGGAUCCCUCCCUAAUGGUGACAGAGGACGCAGGAAAAGCAGAUUUGCCCUUUACAAGCGACCCAAGGCCAAUGGAGUUAAACCCAGCACUGUCCAUGUCAUCUCUACUCCUCAAGCAUCAAAGGCAAUCAGCUCGAAAGGUCAGCACAGCAUCUCUUUCACCUUGUCCAGGAAUCAGACAGUUAUAGUGGAAUAUACUCAUGAUAAGGACACAGACAUGUUCCAGGUUGGGAGGUCCACAGAGAGCCCCAUAGACUUUGUAGUAACAGAUACUAUUUCUGGAAGUCAAAAUAAUGAUGAAACCCAGAUCACCCAGAGCACCAUAUCCCGCUUUGCCUGCAGGAUAGUUUGUGACAGGAGCCCACCUUACACAGCAAGGAUCUUUGCAGCUGGCUUUGACUCGUCCAAAAACAUAUUUCUUGGUGAGAAAGCAGCAAAGUGGAAAAAUCCCGAUGGCCACAUGGAUGGACUGACAACUAACGGGGUGCUGGUGAUGCAUCCCAAAGGAGGCUUCACGGAGGAGUCCAAGCCCGGAGUGUGGCGGGAGAUCUCGGUCUGUGGGGAUGUGUACACGCUCCGGGAGACCAGGUCUGCCCAGCAGAGGGGGAAACUGGUAGAAAACGAGACCAACAUCCUCCAGGACGGCUCCCUGAUCGACCUGUGCGGGGCCACCCUGCUGUGGCGGACGGCGGACGGACUGCUGCACACCCCGACGCAGAAACACAUCGAGGCCCUGCGGCAGGAGAUCAACGCCGCCAGGCCCCAGUGCCCCGUGGGCUUGAACACUCUGGCCUUUCCCAGCAUCAACAGGAAGGAUGUGGUGGAGGAGAAGCAGCCCUGGGCCUACCUCAGCUGCGGCCACGUGCACGGCUACCACAACUGGGGCCACCGCAGCGACACGGAAGCCAACGAGCGGGAGUGCCCCAUGUGCAGAACCGUUGGCCCCUACGUGCCGCUCUGGCUGGGCUGCGAGGCCGGUUUUUACGUGGAUGCGGGGCCCCCCACCCACGCCUUCACCCCCUGCGGACACGUGUGCUCCGAGAAAUCCGCCAAGUACUGGUCCCAGAUCCCGCUGCCUCACGGGACUCACGCGUUCCACGCCGCCUGCCCGUUCUGCGCCACGCAGCUCUCCGGGGAGCACAACUGCGUCAAGCUCAUCUUUCAGGGCCCCAUCGACUGAUGCCGCCGGGCAGUGACCCCCCCAAUAAAAGUUUCCUUUAAUGAU